UAGUACUUCAGGGGCCCGUGGGCAGACCUGCAAUGUGUCUGCCUGUUAACCGCUACCCAAUAAUCUCCUAUACCUGAAAUGCACCUGAAACUUGCGGCACUGCCUAUUGCCCUACUUUGCCCACGCUUCGACACAACCUACCUGCCGCUCUUAGAAAAAAUAAAGUCGGCGCUAGUUUGUAAUGCUGUGUCUCUGGCACUGGCACGAGGCGUCUAUCGGGGUUGCUGCCAGCUGACGAAGAACAGCGAUUAUAAUCCAACAAGAAGUAGAAUCCGCAGAUUAAAUACAGAAUAAAG